AUGGGUUCGAAUCUUUUAAACGUCGACGAGGUUAGUUGGAAGCUUUUAAACACCAGCAAGGUUGGUUUGAAGCUUUUAUCCGAUGGGAAUAUGGUUUUGAUUUUGAUUAUCCGGUUUGUAUUUUGUUUUGAUUUAUCGGGUUUUAUUCUUGAUUUUGGAUCUGUUUACAGGAAUCCGCAAUGGUUGCCGGUGACUGGUGGUGGAUGGCGGUUGUCUUGUGUCCACCACUUAAAGAACUCGAACCUUCCACAAGUACGUUUUGUUUAUCUGCCACUCCUAGAUUUCAGAAGAUCAUCACAUUUUUUGGUAAAAAACAUGGGUCGCUCAAGUCGUACACUCUAUGUGGGUAAUCUUCCUGGUGAUAUUCGUGAAAGAGAAAUUGAAGAUUUGUUUUACAAGUAUGGACCCAUUGUUGAAAUCGAUCUGAAAAUUCCUCCUAGACCCCCUGUUUUUGCCUUUGUAGAGUUUGAAGAUCCUCGUGAUGCUGAAGAUGCGAUUUGUGGACGUGAUGGCUAUAAGUUUGAUGGUCAACGCUUACGAGUUGAAUUUGCACAUGGUGGGAGAGCUUCAUCUUCCAUAGAUCGCCACAGCAGUGGAGGUGGUAGCCAUGGAGGACUAUCAAGGCGCACUGACUAUCGUGUUUAUGUGACUGGAUUACCAUCUUCUGCUUCAUGGCAAGAUCUGAAGGUUGGUUUGGUUGACAUUUUAGGUCAGAUAGUUUUGUUUAUGUGUUUCCGAAUCCUAACUGGAUUUUUUUUUAAAAAAAAUGUUAUUUUUAGGAUCACAUGCGUAGAGCUGGUGAUGUUUGUUUCUCUCAAGUUUUUCCGUGAUCGUGAUGGAAUGAGGGGGAUUGUGGACUAUACAAACUAUGAUGAUAUGAAAUAUGCGGUAAGGAAACUUGAUGACUCACUUUUCCGGAACCACUUCUCCAAGGCCUACAUACGGGUGGAGGAGUAUGAUAGUAGAAGACACAAUGAGUCUAGGAGCCGAAGCCCAAGUCCAUAUUAUUCAAGAAGCAGAAGUCCAAGUCACAGCUACAGCUCUGACAGCAGAAGCAGGUCUCGAUCUAGAUCUGUUUCUUAUCGAUCUAAAUCUGCUUCAAGAUGUGGAUUCCACGGCGUUCUUGUGGAUUCUUGAUGGGAUUUUGGGCGCAAACUUGGCUUUUAUCCACUAAACUUGAUAAGAAAAAGAUCUCCAUCAAGAUCGCCUACACCACCAUCAUCUACUCAUUGCUAUGGUGGAGAUAGGAGCCCAAGUCAAAGCAUAUCUGGUUCCCGUUCACCAUCGGUGAGAUCUGAUUAGAAGUCAAAGGUGCAGGAGAAGAUGCUUGAAGAUGAAAUGAUGAUGUGGAGCUAUUUUGUGUGUUUACUAGCAAAAUUAAAAGAUGUAAAACGUAUUUAAACUUUAAGAGCCAUAUGUGGCUUGCUUUGUGUGACGUGUUAUAUCAUGACAAUCUACUAUUACUAAAAGAGCAUCUUGUGUAUUAACAACAUCCACCA